AUGUGCACUUCUCUGAGCCCUAAGGUCCGAGGGCCUGGCCUCUCUGAUAUGCACCAGUACAGCCAGUGGUUGGCCAGCAGACAUGAGGCUAAUUUGUUACCAAUGAAGGAAGAUUUGGCGUUAUGGCUGACAAACUUGCUGGGAAAAGAAAUAACAGCUGAAACCUUCAUGGAGAAAUUGGAUAAUGGUGCUUUGCUCUGUCAGCUAGCAGAGACUUUACAGGAGAAAUUUAAAGAAAACUGCAUUGAAAUCAAGUUUGGGAAGAAAAUGCCAGUGAGAAAAAUUCCCUGCAAAGCCAAUGCUCCAUCUGGGUCUUUUUUUGCACGGGACAAUACAGCAAAUUUCCUAUCUUGGUGCAGAGAUGUGGGAGUGGAUGAUACUUGUCUCUUUGAAUCGGAAGGGUUGGUCCUCCACAAGCAGCCCAGAGAAGUGUGCCUUUGUUUGCUUGAGCUUGGAAGGAUUGCAGCCAGGUUUGGUGUAGAGCCUUCUGGAUUGAUAAAGCUGGAGAAAGAGAUUGAACAAGAAGAGACACUUUCAACUCCUCUUCCUUCUCCUUCCCCUUCCCCGACAAAGUCACCUGGCAAAAAGAGCACAGGAAAACUUCUGGAUGAUGCAGUCAAACAUAUUUCUGAAGACCCUCCUUGUAAAUGCCCUAGUAAAUUUUGUGUGGAGCGCCUUUCUCAGGGAAGGUAUAGAGUUGGAGAGAAGAUCCUUUUCAUCAGGAUGCUGCACAACAAACACGUAAUGGUUCGUGUAGGAGGAGGAUGGGAGACAUUUGCAGGAUACUUGCUGAAGCAUGACCCCUGCCGAAUGCUGCAAAUAUCUCGGGUGGAUGGCAAAACUUCCCCCAUCCAGAACAAGUCUCCACCAUCAAGGACCUGA